AUGGAGGCUCCUGUGCUGGCAGAGCAUGGCUCACUUCUGCUUCGACAGCUGGAGAGGAUGAGGGCGAACGAGGAGCUGACUGAUGUGGUGCUGCUGGCAGAGGGGAUUCCCUUCCAUUGCCACAAGGUGGUGUUGUCUGCUUUCAGUCCUUACUUUGAGGUACACACAACAACUGAAAUGUCUUAUGCUGAAACAGUAAAAUAAUACAGAUGAUGCAACUUGAGUGAUGCCACUCUGAAUUCUCCAGGCGAUGUUUACAUGUGGUCUGAGGGAGACCCGGGGAGGAGAGGUGCCUCUCAGAGACACACCUGCGCAGAGUCUGAGGCUGCUGCUUGACUACAUGUACCGGGCUGAACUUCCACUGACCAACGACAACAUCCAGGGAGUGGCUGCUGCUGCCUUCCUGCUGCAUGUAGAUGGAGCCUUCAGGUGAGGACAGGGACUAGUAAUUCAGUGCUUUUCCAUUAACUUAUGGCGGAAGCUAAUAGCAACAGAGGCAUCGUCUCACUUGAAAUCUUGUUUUUAACCCCCUCCAAUCAGUGCAGUAGGAAUUUGUCCCUGUAACACACAAUAGAAAAGUGGUGAUUUACACUUCAUCACUAUCUUGUCACUGUUUUAGGUUGUGUCAGAGCCACAUGGAGGCCAGCAUGGACCCCUCCAACUGUGUGGGUCUGUAUCACUGGGCCAGAAAUCUGGGGGCCACCAGUCUGGCAAACUGUGCCUUGAGAUUCCUCUGCCAACACUUUGCACAGGCAAGAAUUACCCGUUUGAAAUACACUUUCAGUCAUAGACACAAAAUUUUUUACCUGGACAUAAAAUAGUUAUGAAGUCAGUUUGAUUAUCAAUAAAAAAUACCCCAUAUGGACCCUUUUAAGGCCAUGUUAUUAAAAAGUACACAAGGACCAAACAGCAAUGUUAACAGCAAUAUGGUAGAUGCAUGACACUUCACCAGGGCUUUUCAGCUACUUGUACCUGCCAGUAGGUGGCAGAAGUCCCUUUUUUCUUAAAUGUCCACAGCGAAGGAAAAAGUCAUGGUGCUCUAAAAACACACUGGCUAGUUUUCACUCGGCCUUUCCUACCAUCUUGUAAAUGUUUUGUUUUUCUUUAAUUCACCUCCCCUCCUCUACCCCGCUGUCUCCAGGUCUGUGUAGAAGAGGAAGUGCUUGAGCUGGAUGCCCAGAGUCUUGGUGAUCUGCUGGGUUCAGAUGACCUCAACAUAUCACAGGAGCAGGUUGUGCUGGAGCUGGUGUUAAGGUGGGUGGAGAGGAGAAGGGGGGACUCACAGAGUGAAGCUCAAGCCGUGGAGCUUCUCAGGCGGGUCAGGUUGGAGCUUGUGGACCCCGGGUUCCUACGAAAAGCCAGGAGGAGAAACCCGGUGAGAAGGAAAGACUGAAAAAGCAGUGGUAUUUUAAAGUUAAGGUUCAUCAUGCGUCAUUACCAAGCACAUAUUUGAUCAACUAAAUCUCACAGGUAUUGCUACGGGAUGCUGAGUGCUUUGGGAUGAUUGACGCCGCUCUUCAGACUUCAGGACUCUGUGAAACUUCUGCUCCACCUCGACCAGCUCUUCGUUAUGGCAUGGAGACCACCGAUUUGCUGCUGUGCCUGGGUGGGAUAAAUAAAGAAGGAACACCUGCUCGCCGUGGAGGACGUGCCGACCUCAGUUUUUGUUUCGCCCCUGGUGGUCGCAAGACUUAUUACAUUCCCUCUCCACUAAGGGGCUGUGGGGGUGCGGGCCAGAUCACAGCAGGGGCAGUGGCACGAGACAGCAACAUUGUGGUGGCUAUAGAGGCAGAAAAUAAACACAGAGUGAAGAGGAUUGAUAUGUACAGGUGUUUAUGUUUGCUUUUAUACUAUCAUGUCAUGCUUUUCAUGUACCGCCUUCAACACCAGGUCUCAAGUAUGUUCUUCUGUUCCAGGUAUGAUCAUUCAGAGGAGAACAGCUGGGUAGAGCUGUGCUCUGCGGCAUACAGGGACAUGUACGCUCUAGGCCUGCUGGGUGAUUCCCUCUAUAUGAUUGGGGGACAGAUGAAAAUGCAUAAUCACUACAUCAUCACGAACAGUGUGGAGAGAUGGUCGCUGAAAAGGGGAGGCAGCUGGCUCAGCUUCGCCCCUCUGCCUCUGCCCUUAGCCUGCCACUGUGUUGUCAGCCUGACGGAUUACCUGUAUGUGCUGGGGGGCUGGACUCCACAGGUACAUGAACACAAAGAAAGUCUUUGACAUUAACUAUAAAUGAAAACGAAAAACGAAUUUCAACACUUCUAACUAAUUUCUUGUCUUGUCCUUCUAUCUUUAUCCCACUCUGUCCUCCACCCUCAGCACCAGCCAGAUGAUGAGCCUGACAAGCUUAGCAACCGUGUGUUUCAGUUUGACCCCGGCAGCGACAGGUGGACAGAGUGUGCCAGGAUGACGUACUCAAGGUACCGCUGUGGCACAGCUGUCCUCAAUGGAGAAAUCUACAUACUGGGUGAUUCUGCAAGACAGGCUGCGGCAGUAUCCUUGAGUAUUUGUGCUGUACGUUAAAGAAAAGUGCCACGUUGUUUAUGUUUGUUUUUUUUUGUUGUUUUUUUCAGGUGGUAUAGGGUGUGAUGGAGAGGACAGAGGACAAUCACGUCGCUGUCUGAGCUCCGUGGAGAUCUAUAACCCAGGGACAGAGACAUGGAGAGCGGGACCUACUCUUCCUACACCUUUACUCUCCCUCCGAACCAAUGCCUCUAAUUUAGGAGCUGUGGAGGGAAAGCUCUACCUCUGUGGAUACUAUAAGGGAGCUGGUGAGUGAUUGUUUUUCUGUGAUGAUCUUUAGCUGAUCAGUAUGCCUACUACCCGCAAAAUUCCUUCAACAAGUUCACAGUGAAUAGGCCUGGAACCGCUUGAGUCAGACAGCGCACACUCAAUGAUGUGGCAGUAUCUUGAAAAUUUAAUUCUGGAAAGCCAUAACUUGCAUUCUUUCUCCCGUGACUGCAGGCCGUCAUGAGAUCAUCACCAAGGAGAUUUUAGAGUUGGACCCUGCAGACAAUGUGUGGACAGUGGUGGAAAGACGAGCAGCCAUGCAUGAUAGCUAUGACGUCUGUCUCGUGGCUAACCUCAAUCCUCGAGACCUCUUUACACCCUGA